AUGAGAGUUCUGCAGUCCGCAGAAGCAGCAGCAGCAGCAACAGCAGCAACGGCAGCAGCGGCAGCAGCAGCAACGGUGCUGCUUCGCUUGCCUCGCUGCUCUCUCUGCCGCUGCCUGCUGCUGGUGAGGAUUCGUAUUCACAGCAGCAGGAGCAGCAGCAGCAGGAGCAGCAGCAGCAGCAACGGCAGCGGCAGCAGCGGCAGCAGCAGCAGCAGCAGGAGCAGCAGGAGGAGCGGCCGCGUCACGCGCUGGCGCUGCAGCAGCAGCUGCUGCAGCAGCUCAAGCACCACACAGAGACGCUGCGGCUGCUGCAGCAGCAGCAGCACAUUGUGCAUGCACAGGAGGCCCAGAGAGAUGCAGCUGAAGCAGAAGCAGCAGCAGCAGCGGCAGCAACAGCAAAAGCAGCAGCAAAGGGAGCAGCAACCUAUGACGGGCAGCUGUCCCCUCUAG